AUGCAACAACAAAGCUCUGAUUAUUCCCCAGACCUGGUCAAAGAAACCUGCACCAGCGUGGAACCUCCAGACAGGGAAGCCGAUCUCCAUAAGGAAAACGCUGCUUGGUCUGAAACCAGCCGCCCAGAAGAUGUCUUCAGCUCCUCUGAGAUGCAGACAGUACCAGUUUGUAUGGACACCACCUCGCCUCCUGGGGACUACAUUCUCCAACAAGGUUACACAGAGUCUUCACUUCUGAGGCUUCCUGCAGAGGAGUGCAAUGGGAUCCACCAUGCGUCUUUCCAGUUCGACCGCCACGCUCGGGCCAGAAUUUCCACUUCUCCAACUUUAAGGCGCCUCAGGAUGGCCUCUGCCUCACAAGCACUGUCAUUUCAGGACUGUUCUGACACAGCUCAGCUGGGAAAUCAAAAGGAAUACACUGGCUCUCUCCACCACAUUUGUAAGAGUCCGCCUCGGUGCGUUACAAUUUCUUCAUUAUCGCUGCCUUCUUGUGUCCAUGCAAAAUUACUGUCAUCCAAAGCCAAGUCUGAGAGAACUACAGCAGUUCCAGAGUCUGACCUACUCAGAUCAAAGCUUCCCAGCAAAGAGAAUCCUCUCAGCAAUGACAGUCCCAAUGAGCCACCCAGAAACUCUUGGAGAGCCAACUCGGCUACACUUCCUACGAGACUACCCCGCCCGAGCCCUACACUGUGGGCAGGCGUCCAGGAGAGUGGACUGCCCAUGCAAAGACCGGCCGAGCGCAGGCGCAGCUCCCUGGUGGUGAGCCUGCCGGGCCUCGAGGUGUUCCCUGGAGACCUGCUGGUGUCAGACAGUGCCAUGGACUACCUGCCCUGCUCAUCCUUCCUGCUCACUGCAGAGUCCAAAAAGUCAAGGUGGCCAUUUGCCAAAAGAGGAGUCGGUAAAGACAAACAGAAGCAAGCAUCUGAUCUGGAAAGUUGUCUUUCUACUGUUAAGAUCACAGACUGCUGCCCAGAUGAGUUUUUCUGCUUUAAGAGUAAAUCUUGGCAUGAAUUUCUAAAUGAGCAACAGACUGAGCAGAAAGAUGUCAAGAGCCAGUUAGAAGUGAAAAAAGAAGCAGCAGUGUGGGAACUUUUCACAAGUGAAUGCACUUACUUUCUGGAUCAUUUGCUGGUUCUCAAGAUGAUAUUUAUGAACACUCUAAAAUACCUCCAGAGUAAUGAAUUUCUCUUGGAUGUGGAUUUGUGGAGACUUUUUGCAAACUUAGAGGAGUUAAACAAGGAUGAAGGUGUGGGCUUAGGAGCAAGCUUGCAGCCCCAUCUGACUGAUAAGAUAAGUCUCAGUUUUCUGAAAACAUUUUUUGAAACUGUGAAGAAGCACAUCAGCAAGUCAGACUCUCCUAUGGAUUUCAACCCCAUACUCAGAAUGUUUUUCCAGGGUGACCUCUGUCAGACACACCAGAUUUAUUGCCUUAAUUAUACCUCUGCUGUCUUCUACUUGGAAAAGCUGAGACAGAGAGAAGAUUUUGGCAUCUACCUGAAGUGGUGUGAACAAAAUGAACAGUGCAAGAGGCUGCAUCUGCCAGAGCUGCUGGUUGCUCCUCUGCAUCGACUGACACGGUAUCCCCUCCUCCUCAACAACAUCUGGAAGAGGAGCACUGAUGAAACAGAGAAAAGUUUUAUCCAGUCACUUAAAGAGAAGGUGGAAAAGUCUAUAAGGGAUCUGGAAGGAAAAGUCAAGUGGUUGGAUAACUUUCAGAAGUUCAGGCAGCUGCAAGAGGUCAUAAUUUGGCCUCAGGUCUGGGAUCGUGACAAAAGGUUCUUUGUUCCAGAGUGUUUGAAGCAAAACUUAAGAGAAAACAGCAGUGAAAACAUUUUGUCUUCAGCGAACAGACUUCUCCUUCAUGAAGGGAAGCUGAUGCUAGCAGAAAGCACAAGGCUCCUUGAUGUCUACCUCUUUUUAUUUGAUGAUUUCCUACUAAUUACCAAAAUUAAACGUAACAAAAAGAAAUAUGGAGGCUCAGACACCAGCUUAAUCCCCGUCUGUCCUUCCCUCACUCCUGAGCUGCAGUCCUUCAUAAGAGAGGGGGGAUUUUGCACAGUCCUAGACCAGCCCAUCCCACUAGACAGACUCAUACUGAAAAAUGUUGAACCCAUCCAAGUUACAGUCUUCAGCCUGCGGAAUGCUUUUCUAAUUCAGCAUGAGAACAGGUAUCGGCAGUGCAUAGCACUCUUCUUGCUACAAGCUCAGACAGAGACUGCCAAGAAAGCAUGGAUGUCACAGAUAGAACCAGCAGUCUCCAAUUACACCACACAACAUGAAACCAAGAAAAGAACUGCUUUCUGCUUUCCCAGUGAAUCCUCUGAAAUUUAA